AUGUCUGCUAAACCAUAUUUGAAAAUUUCAUUGUUUAUUAAAAAACUCCCACAGAUCAGCGCAGAACAGUUUAGGGCACACUGGAAAGGUCAACAUGUCGAUAUUGCAAAGGCAAACAAAACCUUUAUGAAAAAUGUACGGAAGUACAAUCAAGUCCAUAUUCUCCCAGAGCUGAAAGAGUUAGCGAGGGCGUUUGGUCAGCCAACUAUAGACGCCGACGGUGUUGCUGAGGUUUGGGUUGAUAACCUGGAUGCGUGGAAGGAGAUCGCAUCAGAUGAGGAAUUCAUAACCAAAAUCCUACCUGAUGAGAAACUAUUCUUACAACAUCCAAUCGCAAUAAUGCUUAGCCAAGACCAUCUCGUCAUUUCAGAGAAAGACUGA